AAAUAAUAGUACAUCUAACAAAAGCAAAAAAACCAUAUGUUAGAUUAUACUUAGUUGAAGAUAGAUUAAUUGAAAAAUAUUUAUUAAUUGUAGAAACUUUAUAUUUUUUGUUUCCGGUUAAACUUAUACAAAUAACUAAAAUGUAUUUAAGCAGCCAUUAGUUCGAUAUUACUCGCGAUGGAAUACAUAAAAAAUAAAAGAUAAAAUAUAAAAAAUAAUAAUAGAAAAUUGUAUAUGCAUACCUUGAAUAUUGCAAUUGUUAAUGAAACGUAGAUAAAACUAAUUAAUAUAUAAGAUAGAGAUGAUAAUGAUAUUAAAAUGUUUAUUAAAAUAAAUCGCUUGAUUUUUAUCCAUAAACUAUUUUCGAAAAAAUAUCAUUUUUUGAUAUGAUCUUUUUCAAAGAAAAUAAAACUUUUUCAAGAAUUCCAUAAAACCAUAUUCUCGGUUAAAUCUUCAUCUUUAAAAUAAAAUAUUCUUCAUUAAAAUCGAUCAAAAAUUAUAUCUAUAUUCAUUGUCUACAAACCAUUAUAAAAUUAAAAGUGAUGAACACCCUUAAAUCCAUUGCUAUAAUAUUAUAAGCUUAUAACAUGUCUUCCAAUGAUAAAAAGUUGUCAAAGGAGCAUCCUCGAAAUUUGAUACCUGAAUUAUGUCAGCAAUUUUAUCAUCUAGGAUGGGUUACUGGUACCGGUGGGGGUAUAUCCAUCAAGCAUGAAGACAAAAUCUAUAUAGCUCCAUCAGGUGUACAGAAAGAACGAAUAAAUCCAGAUGAUAUAUUUGUUCAAGAUAUAAAUGGAAAAGAUUUAGAACUACCUCCAGCUGAGAAAAAGUUGAAAAAAUCACAAUGUACUCCACUAUUUAUGUGUGCAUAUCUUAGAAGAAAUGCUAGUGCAGUCAUUCAUACUCAUUCUAAAGUCGCUUUGAUGGUUACUUUAUUAUGGCCUGGAAAAGAAUUUCGAGUCACACAUCUUGAAAUGAUUAAAGGUAUAAGAAAUCAAAAGCUAGGGAGAGCCUAUCGUUAUGACGAAGAGUUAGUGGUACCUAUAAUAGAGAAUACACCUUUUGAAGAAGAUUUAAGAGAAGAAUUAGAUAAAGCAAUCAUUGAAUAUCCAGAAACUUGUGCAGUUUUAGUACGUAGACAUGGUGUUUAUGUUUGGGGUGAUACUUGGCAACAAGCUAAAACAAUGACUGAAUGUUAUGAUUACUUAUUUGAUGUUGCCAUACAAAUGAAACAGUGUGGUCUUAAUCCAAUAGCAACUCCAGCAGAGUAUGAACUCCAUUAUCAAACUAAUGAAUUAAAAAUAUCAUAAAAUAAUAAGAGAAUGCAAAUAAUAAUUAUUUUUAAUAAUUAUUGAAAUUUGUGAACAUAUUAUUUAUAUCACAAUGUAAAAAUAUUUUGUAUAUAUAUAAAUUACUUUAAUUAUCUA